AUGCGUCAAGGCACGGGAGCUGGGAAUAUUGAGACUGAAGGCAAUAGAAUUUCCGGACUCAAGAGAGAAAACGAGCAGGCCAAGACUAUGGAAGAACUAAUUUCUUGCAACGAGGGAUUAUAUAGAGAGAAAGUGGAAGUGAAGAAGGAUUUGAGGGAACUAUUGGUUUGGGUCGAGAAAAGGGAGCAGGAAGGCGUUUGGAAAACAUAG